GUGCCCAACGGAAGGUGAAAGUGGCCAACGCGAACUCGACGGCGUUCAGUCUUUGCCCUACUUUGUACCAGUGGCUCGCGAGUGCCCGAGGAGUGAGUGCCAAUCGGGAGUUGAGUACCGGACAAGAGUGUUUCUGUGUGCAACAUGCCCUACUGACGACUAUGCAGACCUCGUCCUUCCAAGAGAAUAAAUCAUCUAAUGUAGGAAUUAUGACACUGACAAGAGCCCCCUGUGACCUGGACACGAUGAGUCUUUUCCAAGACCUCAAAUUAAAGAGGCGAAAGGUCGACUCAAGAUGUUCCAGCGAUGGAGAAAGCGCGGCGGAGACAAGCACCUCAUCUCCGGAUUUUGGUGGACCGGGGUCCCCAUGUAAGAUGGAACCGCCCUCGGUUACGCCGCCUCCCAUUUCCAGCAACCCCGACGAAUUCAGCGAACAGUGUUGUGCGUCGUCGCCGGAUUUGGGGGGCGCGUCAUCACCCCGGAAAAUCGAACCGCCCUCAACGCCACCACCUUCAACAAGGUAA